AUGGAGAGAACUCCAAUCUGCUGCACUUUUGCUUCACUGGUCGCUUUGCUAGUCCUCCUCUUCCUUCCUGUGAGGUCUUGGUGUAAAGAAGAGAACUAUAGAUCCCUGUCAGAGGCUAACACAGAGUGCUGUCAGGAUGUGGACAUAAGGAGGUUUGAUGACAUCGAUUACGACAGCUUUGUGAGUCUGAUGGGAAGGAGAAGUACUGCUCAAACAACCAGAAACAGAAAUGCCCCAAUGUCAAGAAAAAGACAAAUUGAUGACAUCCUGGCUGAUCUGCUGUGGCGGAGGGCAAGACAGGAAUGUGUGUGUACAAAGAAGUCUUUACAGAGGGGCAGAGGCUGAUUCUUCAAUCCUGAGAGGGAGAGGUUGCAUCUCCCCAGAAUGAAGAUGUCGCAGCUCCACCAUUUCAACUUCAGUCUCUCACACCGCGGACAACAGCUACUGUAUAAUAAGAGUAUUAUGUUAUAUAACCAGAGGCAACAAAAAAUCAUGUUAACCACCUACACUAAAAAAU